CCGAAUCAACGCUCGAGAUUAUUGCUGAGCAGGUGUACGCGUACUCGACCACUCUUAACGGCCGUGCGUUUGCCGAGGACUUCUGCCGCCGCCGUCGCGCCGACCACACCGCUGUGAAGCACGGAAAGCUGAGCAGCGCGCCGGCCAACUGGGGCCAGAUCGUGGGCUUCAGCAGCGCUAGCCGCUCCAAGGGCCGUUAUAACGAGGACACGGUCCGCUCGGCGGGACCAGCUGCUGGCGGCGACGAGUUCUUCCAGGUUGUCAAGAAGGGCCGCCGCUGAAAAUCAUGUGGCCGAUUUUUCCAUAGUUGCAACUUCUGUUUUGGCCAAUACACAAGCCGUUUUGCAAGCGCUGCAAGGAUUCUCCCCCUCUCGUACCUUUGUCGUCCAAUUUCGUCUCCUUUUUUCCUACACACAUUCUACAUAGAGCCCAGCCAUGAUUCGCUUUAUUCUGGUUCAGAACCGACAGGGCAAAACGCGGCUGGAAAAGUGGUACCAGACGUACACAGAGCAAGAGCGGCUGAAGCUCAAAGCCGAAGUGCACCGCACAGUCGCCUCGCGGGACCAGAAGCACCAGUCGAACUUUGUCGAGUUCCACAACCACCGCGUCGUAUACCGGCGCUACGCAGGCCUGUUUUUCUGCUUCUGCAUUGACACGAACGACAACGAGCUGGCAUACCUCGAGGCAAUUCACCUGUUUGUUGAGGUUUUGGAUUCGUACCAUGGCAAUGUGUGCGAGCUCGAUCUGGUGUUCAACUUCUACAGGGUGUACCAGGUGCUGGACGAAAUGAUCUUGGCAGGCGAGAUCCAGGAGACGAGUCGCAGUGUUAUUUUGGGCCGGCUGGACCAGCUGGAUAAAUUGGAAUGAGCUGUGAGAACGACGGUUUAGAUCAUGUUUUUUCUCCUCGUCAAAACUAAUAUUCGUCAUGUACUGUCAACCACCAUGAGAUGAUGUACAUAGCGGCUCGUGCUUGCGUUGAGUUACCUACAGUCAGCAGGCACUUUGGCGAUAUCCGCACGUUUGCCUGCAGCAGCACCAUGGCCAGGCCCGCACUUGGCGAAUGCCCUCCAAAUAGCACACUGGUUCUUGCCACCAGUCGGGUUGAGCUGUGGCCGCACACCACUCCCGAUAGUGGUGGUACUAUUGUCGCGCUGCAUGUGCAUUCUAGCUACCCUUGAGGAGCUGUCCAGAUAGAAAUGCAAGUUGCAAACAGGUCCCUCGGUUCUGUAUCCAGCCAAAUAAACUCUCGAUCAAGUACAGCGAUUGAGCCAGAUUGCUACAUCCGUGUCAGCAUA